UGCAAAUAGGGCUCACCAGACCAAAUCGAUAGCGUAGUCCAGGAAACUGGUCUAGUUUCAGGACAAAACGACGGCGGCUCGAGGCAGGGAUAUUUGGUGAAACGGCACCACCUUAAAGGCAAAGUUAAAAUCCCCGUUAGAAGUUUCUAGGGCGCGAGAAUAAAAGGAAGGUUGGUGAGAGAGAAAAAGAGGUAAGGCAAAAUUCGAAGUCGAGGCGAGACCAAGAAGUAGCAUGAUAAUCCCAGUUCGCUGCUUCACCUGCGGAAAGGUCAUUGGUAACAAAUGGGACACUUAUCUUGAUCUUCUCCAGGCCGAUUAUACCGAAGGAGAUGCUCUUGAUGCUUUGGGAUUGGUUCGGUACUGCUGUAGGAGAAUGCUUAUGACUCAUGUUGACCUCAUUGAGAAGCUUCUGAACUACAACACAUUGGAGAAGUCGGAGACCAGUUGAGGAAACAUGUAGAAUCUAAGGGUUUGUUGCAGUUUGUGUGAGUGCCUGUCAAUAAUUCUCAGUUUUGUUUAAGUGGGGCCGUGGUUUGAAUCCAGAAAAAGGGAAGGAAAGGACUUAAAUAGUACUAGUCUAGUUUGUUUUCUUUAGCUCUAUGAUGGAUCCCUGUAUGUACGAAAUUAGUGGGAUUUGAAAUGCUGAAAGUGAUUGGAAUGCUUUGCUGUUUGCUGGGAUAAUUGUAUGAUCAAAGACUAACUUUUGUUA